AAAUGCUUGCAUAUUUCACACGACUGGACGUGGGGCUGUCUAUCAUAAUAAUGGCAAAGUGUGGUUUUUAGCGACUGAUAAAGGUGGCCACAUUGCUGAAUCUGAUGGUAGUAUUACAAAACGAUGGGAUUGGCCGGUGCCACACCAGAAGCUACCCGUCACUAUUAUUCUAGAUCUGAAUGAGCAAACAAAGUUCCGCUGUAGUAAUCAUCAACAAAUGCAAAUAGUAUUUAGUUGUCAAAAAGAGUCAGCAAAAUUUAAUGUUAGUACUGCUCAUGGUGCUGUGGAACCUAAGACACCUGAAGAUUGGGGGUGUCUUAUUACUGGGGAAACAUUUGAAUCUAAAGCAGCCAAAGAAUUUAUAAAACCUCCUACACUGAAGAAGAAGGACAAAGACAAAAAGCAGCUCCGCUUCCGCCCUGUAAAUAAAAACAAGUCCAGAGAACGUGACUUGGCAGAAUUGCAGAAAAUCUUGGAAUUUCCAGACAAAAAUGAGUAUGAAAUUCCGGCUGAGAAAGAGUUAUCAAGACUACAAUUGAAAAUAAAGAACAUUACUGAAGACUGGAUGGAACAUUAUAGAAUAGCUGUGGGUAUCAGCUCUCCCCACCUACGCACCAUUAGUAGCGCACCUAGAUACCGCAAAGCUCGUAACAUUCAAUCGGCAAAAUCAGUUCCGGGCACAAUGCCAUCUGCCAAGGACUUUCCACAACGCCCAUAUACAUCCUCACCCCUCCCAGAACCCAGGGUAAAGGUGCGAGCCCCAUCAGCACCACCUACAACUGGGUUCCACAAUAGCAGACCGUUUAGUUCAUUGUCCUCACCAUCUCGACCAGUCAGCAGAACAUCUGAGAAGAGGAAGGACCAUGUUAGAAUUGAAAUUGAUGGUGUCCAAGCAGAGACAUCAAAAAGUGGAACUCCAAAUACACUAUCUGUUGCUAGUGGAUCCCCUGUACAUGGAUCUCCGGUGCAUUCUGCCAUUCGGUCACAUAGUUGUAAUAGAACUCUGAGAGCAACAUCAACCACAGCAGAACACAAACCAACUAUUGUACAGAGAGGAUGUCCAGUGUAUCCUUUUCA